UAUAUUUGCGGUAAUGACAUGCACAUUUGAUAAGAUAAACAAAAUGCAUUGCGCCAGCAUCCGCGGUUGUCCGUGAAACACAAAACCAACACCACCCGGAGCAUUGUGGGUAGUCGAGCUUUGGCGUCACAUGUUGAAUCCAGCAUGGCAGGGAAACGAAAACUAGAGGACCUCACUUUGGAUGAGUUCUUGCGGACGGGCUUGGAUUCAGAUGACGAAGAGGAGCCUGAAGAUGAAAUCCCCAAACAAAAUGGACAGAAGAUAGAGGACAAAAAGAAAGAUAACAAUAAGGGUGAAGUGAAGCAGGGUAAAGCGUCUCAACACAAGGAACAGCUGUCCAGAUUAAAAAAUAAAGAUCCAGAGUUUUACCAGUUUCUGCAGGAAAAUGACAAAACCCUCCUCAAUUUUAAUGACACUGAUAGCUCAGAGGAUGAGGACAAGGAUGAGGACCAGUACCACAGAUUGCCAUCCAUGCUGGAGGAGGCCAGUGAUGAGGAGGUGCAAGAGGCUCAGCAAGGUUCUAAGAAAUCCAAGAAGACAGACAAUACCAUUAAAGUAACUGAAAAAAUGAUCCGGGAAUGGAAAGCUUCUGUAAAAACGGAACCUACCCCUCGCCUCAUCAGAACGAUCACCCAAGCCUUCAAGGCUGCUGUUGCUACGACUAAGGGUGAAGGAGCUAUUCAGUGCAAAUACACGGUGGAUGACAGUUCAGUGUUUAACUCGCUGGUUCUCUUCUGCAUCCGAGACAUUCAUGGCGCCUUUCAGCAGAUGCUUGACUUAAAGGCUGAUACAGACACAAAACAGCUGGUGCUGCCACAAACUAGUAGAAAAUGGCAGAAGAAUCAAUUAGACAUCAAGAUGUAUCUCAGCGGCGUCAUUCAGUUGUUAUCCUGUCUAACUGAGGCCACAGUCACCAGCGCUGUCCUGCGACACAUCAAUCAACUUGUACCUUAUUUUCUUUGUCUUUCCAAACAGUGUCGGUAUCUGGUUAAGCAAUUGAUAAAGCAAUGGAGCACCGGAGAGGAGACAAGUCGGGUCCUUGCCUUUUUGACCCUCAACAAAAUCUGCAGACACAAGCAAGAACCUUAUCUUGUCCCCAUUCUGAAGCAAAUGUACAUUUCAUAUGUGCAAAACUGCAAAUUCACAUCUCCCAAUGUGCUGCCCAUGAUCAACUUCAUGCAGCGCACGCUAACAGAGAUGUACGCCCUGGACACGCAGGCAACUUACCAGCAUGCCUUUAUCUACAUCCGACAACUCGCCAUUCACCUUAGGAAUGCCAUGACCGUGAAGAAAAAGGAAACCUACCAGUCAGUCUACAACUGGCAGUACAUCCACUGUCUCUACCUGUGGUGUCGUGUCCUUGGCACCCUGCACCCCAGUGAUGUCCUCCAACCUCUCAUCUAUCCACUUUGCCAAGUCAUCACUGGUACCAUCAAGUUGGUGCCCACAUCAAGAUAUUAUCCUCUGAGGAUGCAUUGUUGCCGAGCCCUCACGCUGCUAUCAAGCAGCACCAAUACAUUUGUUCCGGUUCUCCCUUUCCUCGUUGAGAUCUUUCAGCAAGUGGACUUCAACAAGAAACCAGCACGGAUGAGUAAGAAGCCCAUCAACUUUGCAGUCAUCCUUAAGCUUAACAAUGUCAACCUGAUGGAGAAAGCAUACAAGGACGGACUGAUCGACCAGCUUUAUGAUCUGAUGCUGGAAUAUUUCCACACUCAGGCCAGUUCCAUAGGCUUCCCAGAGCUCACUCUGCCCACUGUCCUUCAGCUGAAAGCGUUCCUGAAAGAAUGCAAAGUGGCCAAUUACUGCAAGUCGGUGCGCCAGCUGCUUGAGAAGGUGCAAGAGAACAGCAACUACAUCACAGCAAGACGACAAAACGCCAACUUCGGAGUGGCCGAUGCGAGCGCUGUGGUGGCAUGGGAGAAUGAGAUUAAGAAAGAGGGAACUCCUCUAAGCAAAUACUACAUCCACUGGAAGAAGUUAAGAGAAAAGGAAAUUCUCUUGGAGAUCUCAGGCAAAGAAAGGAUGGAAGAUCUGAAUUUGCCGGAGAUUAAGCGUAAGAAGAUUCAAGAGAGGAAAGCAGAGGACAGGAAGGAGUUUAAGGGUUUGUUUGAAAGCGACUCUGAGGAUGAGGAUGAUGACGACACAGGGCUCAAAUUCAAAGAUAAAAAGGGCAGCCAUGGGUCAGAUGAUGAUGAUGACGACGAUGAAGAUCUUAAAGGACAGUCUGAUAAGAGCGAUGGAGACUCAGAUGACGAAGAGGAGGAUGAAGGAGAUGAGGAGGUGUCAAAGCCCGCUCAACCGCUGUCGACCUCUGCUCUCAUCAAGCUGGCCGAAGGAGAUGAGGAUUUGGUGGAGGACCUGACGCUGUCUGACGACGAUGACUGAGUGUCUCAUUCCGGAAACCGUUACGUUUUAUAACAUGCAAUAGAUGUCUUUUGCUUU